AUUGUCAGUUAAAAGACAGUCACAAUAAAUUUCGAAGCUUCUCAUCAAUUUUUAUUUUUCCUUGGAUUUUUCAAAAGUAUUAAAAAAUAAUUUUCGAUUAAAAACUUUUUUUUGUAAAAAAAUGCUAUAUUAAUUGAAAUUUGUUAAACACACGUGGUUAUGCAGCUGCUCCUGCUUCUCUAAUCGCUUAAGACUAUUCGAUAAUCGACGUUAGAGUUCUUAGUUAUUCGUUAUUACAGCGUAUUACUGCAUCGAACAUCAUAAAUAUAUUAUCGAUAAAUUUUAUUCUACUUUACAAAAUAUAAUUAAUCUGGUAGAAUGAUUCGAUGGAAAGUGGGAUAUUUUUUUGCAGUUUUAGUAUUUUUUAUAAUAUUUUAUUUCUACCUAGUAAUAAAUGUUCCAAAAGUGCAGUAUUCACCAAAAUUGAUUGGAAACUUAGGAUUUAAUAACAAAAUAGGAACACAACGAAUACCUACAUCUGUAGUGAUUGCUGACGAGCCUUUAAUCUGUAGAACGAUACACAUUGCAAUGGUUUGUGCUGGAUAUAAUUCCACCUUCAAUGUAGUAACAACAGUUAAAUCAAUUGUUUUUUAUCGUUCUGUUCCACUGCAUUUUCAUUUUUUAGUAGACGAAAUUUCUAAACGAACACUGAAAGUACUGUUUGAUACAUGGAAUAUACCCAAUGUAUACCACACAUACUACAAAAUUGAAAACUGGGUUCAUCAAGUUUCAUGGAUUCCUAAUAAACACUAUUCUGGAGUAUACGGUCUUUUAAAACUGGUAUUACCGGAAAUUAUACACGAAUCAAAAAUUAUUGUUCUUGAUGCUGAUCUAACUGUACUGAAUGACAUCAGUCUUUUAUGGAAAAGAUUUAAUUAUUUCAACGAAAAUCAAUUGUUAGGCUUAGUUGAAAAUCAGAGUAAUUGGUAUAGAAAAUCAGUUUCUUAUCAAAAUAGACCAUGGCCUGCAUUAAAUAAUGGUUAUAACAGUGGUGUUAUGCUAAUGCAUUUGCAAAGUCUUCGAAAGAAAAAUUUUACACAUUUGUGGGAAACAGUUGCAAAAAAAGUACUGGUAACACUUUCUGAAACAAGCCUUGCAGACCAGGACAUCAUUAACUCUGUAAUAAAAGAAUUUCCAAAUAUUGUAUACACAAUAGACUGCACGUGGAAUAUUCAAUUGAGUGACCAUACUCUCAGCGAAGUAUGCUACUUGAAUAACAACAAACUAAAUAUAAUUCACUGGAAUUCUCCAAAAAAGCAAAAAGUAGGAAAUAAACAAAUUGAAGAAUUCAGAAAAUUGCAUCAAGUGUUUCUAGAAUUGGAUGGAAAUUUGCUUCGCAGAAAGCUUCUAAACUGUAAACAUGAGCCGCCUUUGAUAAAUAGAUCAAGAACGAAUUUGUGCCAUGAAUUUAGAAAAGGUGCGAAUUUAACUUAUCGAACUCAUCUUUUUCUUAUGGAAUAUGAAUACAACUUCUUCUCUCCUUUUGAUAUUGUUUUGGCCACUCAGUGUAGUGCCAGUAGGAUUACAUUUUUGGAAGAAAUAGCAAAAAAUUGGGCAGGUUCAAUAAGUGUAGCACUGUACUUAACAGAUAAUGAAGUUCAAUCAUUUCUUAGAUUCGUGCAAAGUUCUGAAAGUUUACGGACAAGAAGAAAUAUCGCCUAUCAUAUUGUUUAUAAACAUGGAGAAUUUUAUCCUGUGAACCACUUACGAAAUGUAGCAAUGUCUUACAUUUCAACACCAUAUACUUUUCAGAUGGAUAUUGACUUUAUUCCCCAUAUUGGAUUAUUUGAAACAUUAAUAAAAUAUAUACAAAAAUUUAACGUUUCUCAAACAUCAAAGAUUGCCAUUGUUGUGCCUGCAUUUGAAACGCAACGUUACAGGUUCACAUUUCCUGAAAAUAAGGAAAAGUUAAUAUCAGACUUUAAUAAAGGAUUAUUAUACACAUUUCGUUACCAUGUUUGGUCACAAGGACAUGCUGCUACUAAUUACUCGUUUUGGAGAAAAGCUUCUGAGCCUUACGAGGUUCUAUGGCAACCUGAUUAUGAACCUUAUGUAGUGGUUCCAAGUUCAGCACCAAAAUAUGAUACAAGAUUCAUUGGAUUUGGGUGGAAUAAAGUUUCGCAUGUAACGCAUUUAACAGCAAUUGGAUACAAAUAUGUCGUUCUUCCUGAUACCUUUAUUAUACAUCGUCCUCAUGCACCUAGUCAAGACAUUGCGAAAUUUAGAGCCAGCUUUAUUUAUCGAAGAUGUUUGAAGGAACUAAAAGACAGAUUUGUUACUGAACUUAUAGAAAAGUAUGGAUCAAACGCUACAUAUAAUUUAAAAAUGUUAAUCAAAUUAUGAAGACUAAGUCGUGGCCUAAAGUAACAUAAUUUUUUUUAAUUUGGAUUAAAAAAUAAAAGGAGCAAUAAAUUAUAAUUUUGCCUCUGUAAAAAUUUUUGUUUAAAAAUCUGACUACAAUUGAAAGGAACUUGUGGAAUCUGGCACUGAUUUUUAAAGAAGAAGAGAUAUCUAUUUGCAAAACUACACUGGGGUCAAAAAGUUUCAGUACAUUUGUACUGAUUACUUUUAAAUGCUCGCUUCACUUCAAAUUCAAAUAUUUCUGUAAAAAUAGAUGUAAGAGCUAUCAAAGUAGGAUCAUUUUAAAGUUCAAUAAAUUUAGAGUCAAAUAGGCUAAGAUAUAACCAAUUUAAUAGUGUAAAUAUUGAAAAUAUAAUUCUUUAAAGUUAGAGAUUUCUCGUGAAAAAUGCGAUUUUGAAAUCUAGAAUUCAAGCGCACGCCAAUUAAAGAAAUUUUUUUUUUAAGAUUUGAUAGUUGCACAAUAUCAAGUACAAAUUCCAUUCUUUAAUUCUUGACCAAAAUAAUUCACAUAUAUUAAGUAUUUUCUUCAAAUUCUAUAAAAAUAACUUCCCUUGCUCUCGAAAUUUUUCAAAGAAUAUUAAUUGCAAAUUCGUCGUUUUCGUUCACUUGUUUUUUCAAUUAACCACACUUUUGAAAAAUAUGCACCUUUUUUUUAUUGAAAAAUAAAAAAAUGGACACCUAGAAUGAAAAUAAGGAAUAAUGAUAGAGUUAAAAUUUGUAAAAUUAUAAGAAGAGGGAUAAAUUUCAUGUAAAUAACUUAAAUUUCCUAAGAUGAAGAGGUUCUAUAUUUUUCAAAAUCCCUGUAAAAAAAAAGAAUAGACCUUUUCAUUUCAAUUCGGAAGUCGCGAAUGCGUCUGCGCAGCAACCAUGACAGUUCACCAAUUUUAAAAGUUUCGGCCCUGUUCUAUUAACAUGUGUUAAAACUUUACUUUUGCUCAUGUUUUUUUAGAGAAAAGAAAAUGUGUCCGGUGCAAAAUUGGUAUCAAAUUUAAACAUAAAAACACGCAGUUAAAUUUGCAAUUAAAAAUAUCACUGCAAGUGCAGAAAACAGUCAACUAAAAGAAGAAAAAAGAGUUGGUUCCAGAGUGAGGUUAUGUUUACUAUAUAUUGACAUAUUGUUAUUCGCUGAUGAAAUGUGAAAACACAAUAGUUACCUCUUUCACUUUUAUUUAUUGUUUUUAUUAACGUUGCAUGUAGAAAUGCAAAAAAACUAAAAUAAAUUAUUGAUAUUUAAAAAAUAACUUAUUGAUAAAAUAAUUAAUAUAUGCUCCGUCAUUAAUUUUUUCAUUAAAUUUAUUCCAGUAUUUGUUAUAAUUAUUAUACUCCAUUUUUAUGCAACAUAUAAUAAUUUAGAACACUUUUUAUAAUUUUUUUCAUAUCUGAAUAAUGCAAUAGCUGUAAACAGGGCCGAAACUUGAAACGGAAUUUCAAUUCCAUAUAACGCAUGCGCAAAGAAAAUAAUUGAAAUGAAAAGGUCUAUUGGGUGGUCCGGGAUUUCGAAUUGGGAUGUCGUUUCUUGAAUUCGAGAAAACGACUUUUUCGAAUUGGACUGAUUUCUGAAUUCAGAAAUGUAUGGUUCCGCGAUCAACCCAAUUCGACAGAUAUUUUAAAGAUGAAAAUAAAGAGUUUAACACUUCACUGGACAUUGAACAGUAGUUAAUUGAGACGGUGCACGUUAUUCACGUAGGUGAAUACAUUUCUUUAAGCAAUAAUGUUAAUUUUCAAUAAAAUAGAGAGAAUUAAAAAUUUGAUGUGGUCUUUGUUUACAAUAGAAAAAGUUUUCUACUUUUAGGGUUAUUAAAACAGCUUACUUAUCGACAGCUGAGAAGUAUUACGAUAACAAAUCAAAUGAUGAUUUCUAUACGAAAGUAUCAUUUACUUCGGUAAUUGAAUAUUAAUAAAUUAAUUUUAAAUUUUUGUUUUUUAAAUGUAUUUAAAAGUCAACAAGUUUGCUAUGGAAGUUUUAAAUAAGUCUAUUUUACUUUACGAGGAAUUUUUCUUUCAACAUUUUUAGUUUUGUUUCUGAAUAAAUAAUGAAAAGAAAUUUACUUCCGUGAAGGUUUGUUGUUCUAGGACAUUUCGAUUUCAACUUUGGUGCUCAUUUUAGUCUCCAUAAUUUUUUUUAAAUUUGAUUAACAAAACCUUAUUUUUUCAAAAGAAUUUGCUUUACUGUACAGCUUGAUUUGAUUUUUUUAUGUUAAUCAAGAAAUGUAAAAUUAAAUAUAAAUUUCUCUUUAGUUCAAAUGGAGCAAAUUACAAUAAUUGUAUCAUAAAAAUAAAUGAGGCUAAAGCAGAAUUAUUUUUCUUUACUCUUUAUUUCUCUUGUGAAUAUUUACAUUUAGGAAUCAUCUAUAUUAAGUAUAUUUAAGAGAGCAUCAUUGUUGUCAUCGAAAUGUAUUAAAAUAAAAUAUUUUUUUCAUACUGAAUAAAAUUUAUUUUUAUAAAACUUCAGUGUCACAGGAACCAGAAGGAGAAAAUUUAUGAAUUAACAUUUUAUGCAGAAAUUUUUUUUAAAUUUAUAUAUAAACGUUAUUUUAAUU